AUGGUCAGUGACUUUUUCUUUCCCCAACCAGGCGGGAUUGAAAGUCACAUCUAUCAGCUAUCGACCAAGCUUAUCGAUCGCGGCCAUAAAGUCAUCAUCAUCACCCAUGCCUACAAGGGACGCACUGGCGUUCGCUAUCUCACCAAUGGGCUCAAAGUUUACCAUGUCCCCUUCUUCGUGAUCUACCGGGAGUCGACCAUGCCGACGGUCUUCUCAUUCUUCCCUAUCUUUCGAAACAUAGUGAUUCGUGAGCAAAUUCAAAUUGUACAUGGCCAUGCAAGUUUGAGCAGCUUUUGUCACGAAGCUAUUCUUCAUGCCCGGACGAUGGGCCUCCGUACGGUUUUCACCGACCAUUCGCUGUUUGGAUUCGCAGAUGCAGCAUCAAUUCUUACCAACAAGCUGCUCAAGUUCAUUUUGAGCGACGUAGACCAUGUUAUUUGUGUCAGCCAUACAUGCAAAGAGAACACGGUGCUUCGAGCCUCGCUAGACCCGUUGAUGGUCUCUGUUAUUCCCAAUGCGGUGGUUGCAGAGAACUUCCGACCACCAGAACCACGGCCAAUCGCGCGACUUAUGGAGCCCAAUGAUAUUAUCACGAUCGUUGUCAUAUCUCGUCUUUUCUACAAUAAAGGAACCGAUCUCCUUAUUGCCGCCAUUCCUCGGAUCCUUGCCUCUCAUCCGAAUGUACGGUUCAUCAUUGCCGGAUCAGGACCCAAGGCCAUCGAUCUCGAACAGAUGCUAGAAAGGAAUGUAUUGCAGGACAAGGUUGAAUUGCUUGGUUCGGUGCGACACGAAGAGGUCCGUGACGUGAUGAUCCGGGGCCACAUUUAUUUACAUCCGAGUUUGACUGAAGCGUUUGGUACUGUCCUUGUGGAAGCUGCAAGCUGUGGUCUCUACGUGGUGUGCACACGCGUCGGUGGCAUUCCUGAGGUGCUUCCUCAACACAUGACAACUUUUGCGAAACCGGAGGAGGACGAUAUCGUGCUCGCCACUGGAAAAGCCAUCGCAGCAUUACGUUCGAACAAAGUCCGCACGGAUCGGUUCCAUGACCAGGUCAAGAUGAUGUAUUCUUGGACGGAUGUAGCUGAGCGUACGGAACGUGCCGGCCGGGAUCGGGUGCGAAGCUUUGCCCUCAUUGAUCGCCUAAAACGAUACUAUGGAUGCGGAGUGUGGGCAGGCAAGCUGUUUUGCCUCUGCGUGGUGAUCGACUUCUUACUUUAUGUGUUCUUGGAGAUGUGGUUUCCCCGUGCGAAUAUCGACAUUGCGCGCAGCUGGCCCAAGAAAAUUAACCGAAAGGAAAACAAACGGCCGGGGUCUACAUAUAAAGGCGACCGUCUGGGACCUGCAUCUUGA